ACAAAUAGAUAAGAUACACAACCAAAAGUCAGGACUAAUUUUAAUGUGCGAGUGGUAAAGCAUUUAACUUUGGUACGUAGAAUCCUAUGUAUAAGUAGAAGCCUUUCACAGCUAACUUUCCUAUGCGUAAAUAACUCAUCUUUCUUUAUAAAAAAAAAUCAAUCUUUAUUAACUUUCUCUUUCGUCGGUUGGUUGGUUGGUUGGUUUGUGUUGUGAAUUUUAAUCAUCAAAGCUAUGCAAAGAUUCCUAUUCAAUAGAUUGGUACAAAAGAACCUACUUUUACAUUCAUUAUGUCCAAAACAACAUCUUUCUCAAAGUGAGCAGGCCUUGUUUAAAGCAGAUUGGAACACCUUGGUCCACAUGCUAAGAGCUUCCACAGACAUGAGUUGGGAUUUUUAUUGUCAUCAGCUUCAUAGCUACAUUCUACGAUCUGGGUUUGGCUCAGAUGUCUCUAUCUCCAAUGCCCUUAUUCGCUUUUAUGUCAAACUUGGUUCUUUGAAUGGUGCACACAAAGUGUUUGUUGAAAUGCCUCAUCCUAGUGUUGUCUCUUGGAAUUCUAUUAUUUCAGGGUUCGUGGGCUCUGCUCAGUUUAGUAAAGCACUGGGUAGUUUUCUUGAGCUUGACAGGUCUGAUAUUUUUGUAGACUUGUUUUCCUUGACGGCUGCUUUGGCUGCGUGUGGCCCGCUGAGCCUUUUGCGGUUAGGCCGGUCAGUUCAUUCUAAGAUAGUGAAAUCUGGUGUAGAAAAUGGCAUUGUUGUUUCCAAUUGCUUGAUUGAUAUGUAUGGGAAAUGUGGUUCUGUUGAAGAAGCAAUGGUUGUGUUCAGUAAUAUGAUUGACAAGGACAUAAUCUCAUGGAAUUCGGCCAUUGCAGCAUGUGCUAAAAAUGGAGACUUAAAACAAGCAGUUUGUUUUGUACAGCAGAUGCCUAAGCCUGAUACAAUAUCAUAUAAUGAGCUGAUAAAUGGGUAUGCACAGUUUGGAGAGAUGGAAGAAGCUGUUGAGAUUUUGUCAAGAAUGCCAAAUCCAGACUCGUCUUCAUGGAACUCCAUAAUAACAGGAUUUGUAAAUAGAAACCAAGCAAGAGAAGCUUUGGCUGUCUUGUGCAAAAUGCACUUGGAAAAUUUAAGAACAGAUGAGUUCACAUUUUCAAGUAUUUUAAGUGGAAUUGCAGGGCUUUCUGCUUUAACAUGGGGAAUGUUGAUCCAUUGCUGCUCUGUGAAGAGAGGCUUUGAUACAUGUACUGUUGUGGGAAGUGCUUUAAUUGAUAUGUACUCCAAAUGUGGAGAGGUUACAAAGGCAGAAUUGAUUUUCAAAUCAUUGGCAGAUAAAAAUUUGAUCACUUGGAAUGCUAUGGUUUCUGGCUUUGCUCACAAUGGAAACUCUUCAAGAGUACUCGAGCUCUUUGAUCAGCUGCAGCUCGAGAGAACUGUGCAGCCCGACGAAAUCACAUUUCUUAACGUUUUAUCAGCGUGCGCUCAUAAUCGAAUGCCAUUCGAAACAGCAUUUCAUUACUUCAAAAUAAUGAUCGAGGAUUACGGAAUUGAACCAAGUAUAGAACACUGUUGUUGUAUGAUCCGGUUAAUGGGACAGAGAGGGGAGCUGAGGAGGAGGGCGGUGGAGUUAAUCUAUGAGCUGGGUUUCGGGGGUUCUGCUUUGGCUUGGAGAGCUCUGCUUGGUACUUGUGAGGGUUGUACGGAUUUAAAGUUAGCAAAGAUUGCAGCUGCAAAAGUGAUAGAGUUGGAGGGUGACAAGGGUUAUGCCUACAUUGUUAUUUCCAACAUGUAUGCUUCUUAUGGAAAAUGGGAAGAUGUUAAGGCAGUGAGGAAGUUGACAAGAGAGGAGGGAGUAAGAAAAAUAGCUUCUUAUAGUUGGAUCGAGGUUGUUCCCUAUUCACCCUCAUAAUAAUGAAACAAAUACAAAACAUAGGAAAAUGAGUUCUUGUGAAUUAGUGAGAUUGCUACUCGAUACAUUUUUUACAAAUUUAUGUUUAUGCUCGUAUUUAUUUGGGUAGUAAUAGGAUUAUCUUGUAAAAAGAAAAGGACUAAGCUUUUAAGUUGUAAAGGCAAGAAUCAAAGAAAAGAAAUACUGUUUUUUCAAUUGGUAAAAAAUUGAACAGGACAAACUGAAACAUUAUUUCUCAAUCACAAUAUCAUGUGUUGGAUGAAUUUUGAGUUGGAAUCAUUGUAGCUACAUAGUAAACAGAGCUGGGAGUUUUAAUAAGCCAAAAAGUAUAAGAAUCUUUUGUUCCAGUUCAUCAAAAUAGCUUCUUCAAGUUAAUAAUGAUUCUUCUUCACGCAAGUCACCUUGGAACCGACAAACCAAGCU